CUUGCGCAUCACUUCUUUAUGGGCGCUGUUCACAGACAUGGUACAGAAAUAUCGGCGUUUGUGAUUGUGUGCUGUUGUUAUUCAUACUCGGUUAAAGAAUUUGACAAUCUUGAGGCUGAUAUCUGAGACGGUGAGCAUCUAACGAAGAGAUGAUGUCUUAAAGGUAAACUUCAACGGUUGAAAUUACGAAUUCUAAUAACAGAAUGAUGCUUUGAUGCCGAGACAAUUUUGAGACAAUUGCCAUUUGCAUCUUGCAAAUGUUGAGACAAUUUCCUAGCCAGCACCUGUGCACAAAAUGCAGUUACAUGGCGCGGAUAAUAAGCUACGGAUGGAAAACCUUGAAAGUCUUAGUAAGCUCACAUUAUCAACCUAGUAGAUACAAGUUUUGCGUAGUGCAAAGGCAUGCGGAAAAAUGUAAAGCUGUAGUUUCGGCAGUUUUUAUCAACGAAGCAAAACUUGAAUAGGACAACAAUUGCGAUAUCUCGAAACACAAAUUACUUUUCGCCGUUCUACAUCGAUUUGAUUGGAGUAAACGUAGUCAUUGUGUGAAGUGACUUUUUAGUUCGUUUUUGUGUGCAGGAGAGUCAAUUCAUGCUGAAUGUAUAACGAAAUAACUUAUGUUUAUGUACCUCAUUUCGAUAGGGUUUGAUUAUAAAAGUUCCAUCAACUUCUGUAAUGAGUCAGUACUGACAUAUUCGCAGCCCUAUACAUAGUGAAUCUCCAAAUACGACAAAGGUUUAAGAUUAUACUUGUAGCCCUAAUGUAACUUAGGAAGUCCUAUUGCAUAACUGAUUUAAAUAGAAAUUCCUGCUCCUUCUUCCCUUUGAUUUAUCAUGAAUCAAAUCACGCAUUAUGCCGGUUUCUUUGACUUUUACCCGCAACUUUGUUUAUCAAAGUCCUUUUCUGGGAGACUGAGACGAGGAAGAAACUAGUGGAAACGUUUUUACUAUCAUGCACCAAAAAGAACAACUGCUGAGUAGUAGUUUGCGCCUUAAUUAAAUGAAACGUCUAGAUUACUGAUUUACACGAAUAAAUUAUGCAUAACGCAUCCAACUGUUCACGGUAGCUAUUUUCAUAAAUGGGGUAUAUAGGAAUGUGCCGCUCUGAAGAGUAUGGUUUUCGAGCAGUAUAGUCUGGUAUAGGGUGUAGGAAUGAGAAAGUGUGUGUCUAGAAUAGGGUAUCAUUUUCGAGAAAACUGAUCGAUUGAUUAAGGAUUAGCAUGCGAGUGAGGUUUUGGCAACGAAGCCGCCAUUCUCUCGAGCGUGAAUUCGCAACUCCCUGCCUCAAUGCGCGCUGACGCACCAGCUGCCAAGGCUAAUCGAAGAUUUUAGUUUAGACUGGGGAAACCGGGAAUUGACAAUUAACUGAAAAAUAAGAUUGGCAAAUACAAAUUUAGCCGCGAGUCAGUUUGAUAGGAAACAAAGCGUCCAUAGAUGGGAAAUAUAGUGAAACAGGGUAGCAGGUCUAGUAUAGGCUAAGGUUUCAGGGGACCAGCUAGAUAUCCCCCCCCAAAACUAAAAUUAUAAAGUACCCCACCAGGCCCCCACUGAAAGUCAAUAUAUAUGAUUUAAACCGGCUUUCUGUUUGUCUGUCAGUUACUCUUCUCGUAGACAAUUUUCUCGAUCCCUCUGAUAGCAGGACAAUGUUAUAUUAAGGCCCCUAUUAAGGCUUUUUGGUUGUGUCGUCCCAACUCGUUUAGGGUCGCCGAAAAGCAUGCGAUCGCGAAAUACACUGAAGAAAAACGCAAUUAUUGGGAAUGAAGGAGAGUUGAGUUUAAUUGUUGAUAAUUUCUUUCUUUCAUCAAUUUUAGUUCCUUCACCUACUGCGUUUUCAAAGUGGAGAUGACAGCACUGCAGCCGUUUAGUGACGAACAAUUAAAUUUCUUUAAGUUCUCGUCCUUAGUGUUAAAUGAAUUCCCCAAAGCCUUACGGCAGACCUUUAAAACCAUGUGGGACAACACCUAUGGACAUCGCCCUGGUUUCCAGCUCUGGGAUGAUUCCACUGCUGUCAGAAAUAUGUUCGACUCUGAAGAAGCAAAAAGUGGUAAGAAGACUAAAGUUCCUGUUCUUCAGUCUUACAAUGAAUGGGAUUGUACCAACCUGUUCCAGGCUACUAUAUUUGCGCGGUCCUUUGCCUCGCCAGCCAGUACAAGCUCCUCCACCACACUAAAUGAUUUGUACGUGAAGCCCUGUGCAGUACCUUAUGGUAGUUUUCACGCAUGUGUGGUCAGCCCAAGUGGAAACAUGACGGAAACCAUUGCACUUGCGAUUGAUCAGCUUCGUCUUCUUAGAAAUUCGCUCUGUCACUCCACCAGUUCUGAGAUGGACAAAGCGACGUUUGACCAGCGUGUGAAUUACGCCAAAGCCGCGUUUCAGGCCCUUGGUAUCCCGACAGCCUCAUUUGACGCACUUGGUAGUUUGACGGAGUCAGACUUUCCCACAAAUGAAGUUCGUAAAUUGGAAGCAAGAAUCCAAGACGAGACUCGGGCCUAUAUCAAAUU